AUGAAGGGGAGAAAAUCAACGUGUGAUAACGCCAGACUCCCUCAUGAGGUGUCACUUCCUCUCAUGAGUCUGUUCUUCAUCAUCUUGACAUGGGAUGAUCCUCCGACUUCUCCUCCCACUCACCUGAACUUGUGCUACAUCCGUGUGGGUGAAGAAUGUGCUGGAAACUUCACCUACUUUAUCCUAAACGGUGGGAAGAAGCACAGCGGUCCCUGCGGAGGAAGAGACUGCAGCGGAGGCUGCAAAUGCUUUCCCGAGAAGGGUGCCAGGGGUCAACAUGGGCCUGUAGGUCCCCAAGGCAUCACGGGGCCCCCGGGGAGACCAGGAGAUCCCGGCAUUCAAGGGCCAAAAGGGCACCAAGGUGAAACUGGCCGUAGUGGCGCCAGUGGGCCCAAAGGAAAUACGGGAAUGCUUGGUGUGCCUGGCUUUGCUGGAAACGACGGAAUCCCGGGCCACCCGGGACAACCAGGACCCAGGGGGAAACCCGGCGCCGACGGCUGUAACGGAACAGUAGGGGAAUCCGGAAUCCCAGGAUUAAUCGGGCGUGAAGGAGCACCCGGAUUUUCUGGGCAACCAGGCAGGAAAGGGGAGAAGGGCGACACCUUGGAUGUGACCGUGUACAUGCGGAGAUUCAGGGGAGAGACGGGUACACCGGGAGCCAACGGAGCAUUUGGGCCUCCUGGAAACCGAGGAUGGCAGGGAAACCCAGGUGUCCCAGGACCAAAGGGUCAAAGGGGUUCCCCGGGUCCUCGUGGGCCAAAGGCUGUGCGAAAUGUACUCAAGGGCAUGAAAGGUGACCAGGGUGAGAUUGGACCCCCGGGACCACCAGGAAACCCCACUCAUCCACACAGUCAGCCCCCAUUUGGACCAGGAGGAGUGAGAGGUGAAGCGGGGGAACUGGUUUCAUCAGGAUUUUGGCCCUGGUCUUCAUCAGCUGGUCCCCGUGGUCCCAUCGGUGAGACGGGACCCCAAGGUCCAAGGGGUCCGAUAGGAGAUCAAGGCAUUCCUGGGCCACCAGGAAGAACCGGCCAACAGGGAGAAAAAGGAAGUCCUGCUAUCAGUGCAGGCCCACCUGGCUACCCUGGUCGCCCCGGUUCUCCAGGUCCACCGGGGCCCAAAGGAUCAUGGGAAGAUUUCUUCAAGGGAUCUCCUGGUGGUAGAGGAAGGCCUGGAAAUGCUGGUUUCAAGGGAGUCAAAGGUGAUCACGGGCAAUGUGAAUGCACCGUUAACAACUCCCCACCAGGACCAGUUGGGCCAGUCGGUGACUCUGGUGACCCUGGAAUGACUGGGGAAUUUGGCCAGGAGGGUGACAUUGGCAACCCUGGACCCUCGGGAGUGGAUGGAUUGCCAGGUGUCAAAGGCCAACCCGGUUUACCCGGUGAUGCAGGUCUUGAUGGUUAUCCUGGAGUUGCAGGAACACCUGGUAGUCCAGUUGACAACUUUGUUGCAGGGCCUGCACCCAUCAAACCAGCUCAGGCCGGGCUUGUCCAUGUGGCAGUUUUCCAGGACCACCUGGACUGCCUGGUUCUCCUGGACCCAGAGGAUUACCUGGUCUUACAGGGUGAGAAAGGUCUGCCGGGGCUUUUUGGAGUAGAGGGGGUAAAAGGAGAAAGAGGAGACUAUGGUCUUGUUGGCCUCCCUGGACCACCAGGUUUUACUGGCCCCCGCGGUGAUUUGGGCUUGCCUGGCAGAAAAGGGUCAGUUGGCUCACCAGGCGUGCCUGGACUGGCUGGACGGAAUGGACCUUCCGGAGAAAAGGGAUUCCAUGGGGACAUAUUGGGUGCACUGCCAGGGCCCCCUGGUGACCCAGGAUUGUAUGGAUUUCAAGGGAGCAAGGGUUUUGCCGGAGAUCAGGGAGAACCUGGCUAUCCAGGAAUGGGAGGCGCACCUGGUAUGGUUGGCUCCAAAGGCAACAUUGGCCCUCCAGGCCUGCAGGGAGUGGAAGGAAGUCCUGGAGCAAUAGGCAGUUAUGGCUACCCUGGGGAUCCCGGCAAUACUGGUCCACCAGGGCCACAGGGUGCUAUUGGACAACCAGGGUUAACUGGUGAAAGAGGAACGGAAGGAACCCCAGGUGCUCCAGGCCCAUUGGGAAUAAAAGGUUUACCAGGGGAACCUGGUAGCUUUGGUGUUCUUGGGGAGAAAGGCUCACCGGGUAUCAUUGGAAAGCCCGGACCAGAUGGAAGACAAGGAGCUCCAGGAAUGAAAGGGUACAAAGGGUCUGCUGGCAUGUCCGGCUUUGGUGGUGUACUUGGAAAUACAGGCGUUAAAGGAGAAGAUGGGAUAAAGGGAGACACCGGACAGCCAGGUCAAAUUGGCCCUAAAGGAAUGACCGGCACAACCGGAGAAAAAGGUGAUCGCGGAUUAAGAGGCCCACCCGGCGAGAAACCAGACAUUCCUAAACAGAUCAUUGUCAAGAUGAAAGGAAUCAAGGGAGAAAGUGGAAAUAUAGGAAAUCAAGGCUUCGUCGGACCGAGAGGCGCAAAGGGUCUCCCUGGUGUUCCCGGUCGUGAGGGAGGUCAUGGCUUUCCUGGAGAGCCUGGUCGUGAAAAGGGUUUUCAUGGAGACCCUGGAGCGCAGGGACUGCCAGGGCUCAAAGGAAUGCCAGGCUAUCCCGGGAGUCAAGGAAUUUCUGGCUUUGAUGGAAUGAGUGGUAAAAAGGGAGUCAAAGGAAGCCCUGGUGCCUAUGGUGCAUCAGGAGAGACAGGCAAAAAGGGAGUCAGAGGUGAACAAGGUCCUCGUAUAGACAUUCCAGGAGCAACUGGACUUAGAGGAGAGGUUGGUCCUAUAGGAGAAUCAGGUGAGAAAGGAGUAUUUGGAGUAGCUGGAGAUAGGGGACUCCCGGGUUUUGAUGGUAUCGAAGGAAAAAGGGGACAAUUAGGUGAUCCAGGCGAUGUAGGAUAUCCUGGUUUUGAUGGGCAGAAAGGAACUCCUGGCAGCCAAGGUCUGAAGGGUUUUGCUGGUACCCCUGGAAGAGUGGGACAACCAGGUUUCCCAGGCAUUCCAGGAAUAAAAGGUUUCCCUGGUCUGAUUGGCCUUUAUGGAUUAGAUGGACUGAAAGGACAAAAGGGUGUCGCUGGAAUCACAGGUUUGGAUACCGCUGGACCAUCUGGAGAUCCAGGACUCAAGGGAGAGAGGGGUGAAGAUGGCAGCCCAAACAAUCAGGCAGGUGUCCCUGGGGUUGCAGGUUCAAAAGGCUUCCAAGGAGAAGAUGGUGACCAAGGUCAACCUGGACCAUCAGGAUUCCGGGGGCCAAGAGGACCAGAUGGAAAUUCAGACAGACCAGGACCCCCUGGCAAUAAAGGCUCCCGUGGUUCUCAAGGGUUGCAAGGUUUCCCUGGAACCAGAGGUUUGCCUGGUAUUAAUGCCUUUCCUGGAGAAAAAGGUACAACUGGAACACUUGGCUAUCCUGGAGUACCUGGCAGGAAAGGCUUCACUGGGGACCAAGGUCCAGGUGGAUAUAGGGGACCAAAUGGGAUUUCUGGGAAGAAAGGUGAUAAAGGAGAUCAAGGUUCAAUGGGGAUUCCUGGUCUGACUGGGAUCAAGGGAGAAAGAGGACCAUAUGGCCCUAAAGGAGAUGCCGGACCUCCAGGUGUCCGUGGGUUGCCGGGAAGCCAGGGUCCACCUUCAGUGUCCAGCAUCGUCCCAGGAGAGCGGGGCCCUCCUGGACCACAGGGUAUUAAAGGACCAAGAGGCAUCCAAGGAGAAACAGGCCCACAGGGACCACCAGGGGAUAAUGGUUUUAUUGGGCCCAUUGGGCAAAAGGGCAUGCCCGGAAUAGGCGGAAGACCAGGAACACCUGGAUUCCGAGGAGAGGUCGGUCAAGUGGGCCACACUGGCCUGCAAGGCAUGCAAGGUACGCCUGGUAAACCAGGUGUCCCUGGCAGACCUGGCAUGCCGGGCCGCAGCGUCUCCGUGGGUUACUUGCUGGUCAAGCACAGUCAGUCAGAGUUGACACCCAUGUGUCCUGUGGGAAUGUCAAAAAUAUGGGAUGGAUACAGUCUUUUGUAUCUGGAAGGCCAGGAAAAGGCUCACAACCAGGAUCUCGGCUUGGCUGGUUCCUGCCUGCCGCGCUUCAGCACCAUGCCCUUCCUCUACUGCAACCCUGGAGACAUCUGCUACUACGCUAGCAGGAAUGACAAGUCCUACUGGUUGUCAACCACUGCUCCUCUGCCCAUGAUGCCCGUGGAGGAGGGCGACAUCAAACCCUACAUCAGCCGCUGCUCGGUUUGCGAGGCACCAUCAGUUGCCAUCGCUGUGCACAGUCAGGACAUCACCAUCCCGCAGUGUCCCGUCGGAUGGCGCAGCCUGUGGAUCGGCUACUCAUUCCUCAUGCACACGGCGGCCGGAAACGAAGGCGGGGGUCAGUCGCUGUCUUCGCCCGGAUCUUGCCUGGAGGACUUCCGAACGUCGCCAUUCAUAGAGUGCAAUGGCGCCAAAGGCACGUGCCACUACUUCGCUAACAAGCACAGCUUCUGGCUCACUUCUAUAGAUCAGUCUUUCAACUCCGAGCCAGCAGCAGAGACGCUUAAAGCGGGACAGCUCCUGUCGCGCAUCAGCCGCUGCCAGGUCUGCAUGAAGAACUUGUGA